AUGGUCUCAAAAGUUACGGUCCGAGUUCCGAUCAACAUUGCGUUGAUCAAGUACUGGGGCAAGAAGAAUGAGGUGUGUUUUGAGUUGUUUUAGGGCUUAACUUAAGUUUUUUAAGAUAUAAAAAAUAUUUUUUUUUGGAUUUGGGGAGCUAUAACAUAAUAUAUUUAUGUUUUUGCAAAAUAUGAGGCCAGAUGCCAUUAUUUUAUAACACGCGGAGUAAGAUUAUUGUUUUCAGAAGCUGAUUAUACCAUGUAACGACUCAGUUUCUUUGGCAAUUGACGAUUUGUACGCCGAAACGACAGUCUACUUCACAACAGAUGGACAAGAUUCCGUUUCGAUCAAUGGCAAAUCUACAGAUUUAACUGCGAAGCCUCGGUUUCACAACGUUUUUAACGUAAGUAAUUUUUGUUUCAUUUUUUUAUAAUUUUUAGGAGUAUCGAAGGACAGUAAAUCAGCCAAACAUCAAGAUUCACGUGGAAAGUCGUACCAACUUCACUGUGGCUGCUGGUUUGGCUUCUUCUGCUGCUGGCUUUGCUGCCAUUGCCUUUGCUUUAGGACAAUUGGGUAAUCUGAGCCAGGACCAGACUGUAAGGUUGGCUAGACUUGGCUCUGGAUCGGCUUGUCGCAGUGUUUUGAAGGGAUUCGUUCAUUGGCACGCUGGUACUAAGGUUGACACAGAUGAAGAGAGCACCUGUGAUGUAAGUGAAAGAUUUUUGCUUGAAAAUUUGGUUUGAAAGUUGGAGAAUAUUAUGAUCUUCCAUUUACUGUUCCUUGCUUAUAAUACUAUACGUUUGGCACAACGCGCUCUAACGCUCUAACUAUAUUAUGAUACCCAUCAGAUGGAAAUUUCUUUAAAUUUUAAAAUUUGUAAAGAUAUGGGCUAAAACAAAAAAUUUUAAUUAAAAAUUCAAAAAGUUAAAACUUUUAAAUAUAAAAAAUUGGUUAAUUCUUGUUGUUUCAGGUAAUUCCAUCGCCAGAAUUCUGGAAAACAGUAAGGGCUGUAGUUUUUGAGCAAAAGAACAGUGAAAAAGACGUUCCCAGCACUGAUGGAAUGCAGAAAACGAUUGAAACAUCGAGUUUGUUUGGUCACAGAGUUGACAAAGUUGUUCCUCAACAUGUUGAAGAGUAAGUUUUUACUCUCCGAGUUAAAGUAAAACGGUUUUACUUGCGUUUUUAGGUAUAUUUAUUAUUAUUUUGGCUGUUUUUGGUGGGUUUUCUUGGAAAAAACAGCUUUUUUGACUGUUUCUAACUUAAAAAUUGCGAUUUUUUACUGGUAAAAUUUUAAACGUUUUUGCUUUUCAGCUUGAAAAAAGCUGUAGCAGCGUCUGACUUUGAAGCUCUGGGCAGGGUAAUCAUUCAAGAAAGCAAUCAACUUCAUGCCGUGUGCUUGGACACAUUCCCACCAAUCUUGGUAAGCUUAAUAUGUUUAUUAUUGUCAGUAUCAAACUCUUCAGUAUCACUAGCUCUAAGUAUCAGGGUCAGUUUAUAAUGUAAAAUACGGUGUUUGGCGAUGAUGUUGGCCAAAAGUUAUUAUCAGAAAUCUUUUUUUAAGUGUCAUUAUUAUUAUAUCAUGAUAGAAAUGCCAUUUUACUGUUUAGUAUCCACAAUUUUUACUUUUCAGUACUUAAACGACCGAUCUCGAGCCCUGAUCAACUUUAUUUGUGGCUAUAACAAUAAGAUUGGACGUCUGGCAGCCGCCUAUACUUUUGAUGCAGGACCAAACUGUUGUGUCUUCAUCCAGGAGAAAGAUGUAAAGCCAUUUCUUCAGGCAUUUGCUGAUAAAUUCGAAUUUGAUCAUGCCUUGCUUCCUCAAUGUAAGUUUUUUUGGGGAAGAAGGUAGUCAAAGGUAUCGAAAUGGAACAUUUUAGGCUUAGAUAUAUCUCUUUUAGGUUUAAUUAAUGAAAAAUAAGAGCUAAAUUAAAAUGUUUUGUUAGAAAAAUUGUAUUUUACAUUGUUUUGAUACCUAAUCUUCAAAAAAUUAGCUACAAUUUUUGAAAAAAUGCCGAAAAAUUUGAAAUUUUUUAAAAUUUUGAUUGUCUAGCGGCUUCUGUCACAAUAUAAAUGCCAUUAUUUAUCAAAUGAAAGCAUAAAAAACAAAUAUUCUUUCAGCUAUUGGUAAGCUGACAACUUCAAACACUGAAAAACAAGAUCUUCCAUUGAAGAACAUCUUCUACAGCCAAGUAGGAGGAGGUCCAAUAGUUGUGAGCAAACAAUAA